CCCGGCCGCGAGCGUCACGGCCCUGCCGCUCUCUCUCCCUCUCUCCCUCCGAGCUGCGCCUGCCGGGCGCCGCGGCCACCCCGGCCAGGGAAACCGAAACCAGAGCGGCGGGUCCCCCCCGCGGCCGGCCAGCCGGGCGCAGCGCGGGCCGGGAGCCCAGCCGCGGAGCCGGGAGCCGGGAGCCGAGAGCCGGGCCGCGCUGCGGGCGCCGUGGUCCCGGGGCUUCCGGCCGCUGCGGCGGCUCCUCCCUCUUCCCUGUGCUUGGCCGCCCGGCCCGUGAGCGGCGCGCAGGAUGGGCAGGUGCUGCUUCUACACGGUGGGGACGCUGUCCCUGCUGCUGCUGGUGACCAGCGUCACGCUGCUGGUGGCUCGGGUCUUCCAGAAGGCCGUGGACCAGACGAUCGAGAAGAAUGUUGUGUUAAGGAAUGGUUCCGAGACCUUUAACUCCUGGAAGAAUCCCCCUCUGCCUGUGUACUCCCAGUUCUACUUCUUCAAUGUCACCAAUCCAGAGGAGAUCCUAAGAGGGGAGACCCCUCGGUUAGAAGAAGUGGGACCGUACACGUACAGGGAACUCAGAAACAAAGCAGAUAUUGAAUUUGGAGAUAAUGGGACAAUAUCUGCUGUUAGCAACAAGGCCUAUGUUUUUGAACGGAACCAAUCUGUUGGAGAUGCUAAAACGGACUUAAUUAGAACAUUAAAUAUUCCUGCAUUGACCGCCAUGCAGUUGGCCCAGCUCCACAUCCUCCGGGAGCUCAUCGAGGCUCUGUUGAAGGCCUACCAGCAGAAGCUCUUUGUGACGCACACCGUUGACGAACUGCUCUGGGGCUACAAAGAUGAGAUCUUGUCCCUCAUCAACAUUUUCAAACCUGACAUCUCUCCCUAUUUUGGCCUGUUCUAUGGGAAAAAUGGUACUAAUGAUGGAGACUAUGUCUUUCUAACUGGAGAAGACAAUUACCUUAACUUUUCAAAGAUUGUGGAAUGGAAUGGAAAAACGUCACUUGACUGGUGGACAACAGACAGAUGCAAUAUGAUUAAUGGAACGGACGGAGAUUCUUUUCAUCCGUUAAUAACCAGAGACGAAGUCCUUUAUGUCUUCCCAUCUGAUUUUUGCAGGUCAGUGUAUAUAACUUUCAGUGACUUUGAGAGUGUCCGGGGACUGCCUGCCCUUCGGUAUAAGGUGCCCGCAGAAAUAUUAGCCAAUACCUCCGACAAUGCCGGCUUCUGCAUACCUGAAGGAAACUGCUUGGGCUCAGGAGUUUUGAAUGUCAGCAUCUGCAAGAAUGGUGCACCUAUUGUUAUGUCUUUCCCACACUUCUACCAAGCAGAUGAGAAGUUUGUUUCUGCCAUAGACGGCAUGCAUCCAAACAAGGACUACCAUGAGACAUUUGUGGACAUUAAUCCUUUGACUGGCGUUAUCCUAAGAGCUGCCAAGAGGUUCCAAAUCAACGUUUAUGUCAGAAAAUUAGAUGAGUUUAGUGAAACAGGAAACAUUAGAACCUUGGUUUUCCCCGUGAUGUAUAUCAAUGAGAGUGUUCUCAUUGAUCAAGAGACUGCGAGUCGGCUGAAGUCGGUAAUUAACACCGCUUUGAUCAUCACCAACAUCCCCUACAUUGUCAUGGCGCUGGGCGUGUUCUUCGGUUUGAUCUUCACCUGGCUUGCAUGCAGAGGACAGGGAUCCUUGGAUGAGUCACAGGGAACUGCAGAUGAAAGAGCGCCUCUCAUACGAACCUAAUCACGGCCAGAGGUUGGUGAAGGAACCGUGUGAGCUGUCCUCACCUGAACCAGGACGUGGGGAAACUGUCUGCGUCCUCACAGGCUUGUUGCCUCUUGUAGAGAGAAGGCGAGAAGACCCAGAGCUGGCAAGUGAUGAGAGCAUUCCGGCUGGAAUUAAACUACAACAGGCUGACAUGGUUGGCCAUUAGGCUUUAUAAAAUCCUGUGGUCCCUCACAAAUUGUUUUGUUUUUCACUGUCUAGCAAGUAUUUAAUAAACUCUUGUAUAGUAAUAUUUUUUGUUGUUGGGUGCUGGUAGCUCCAGAAUUUUGUGACCACUGUUGUGGUUAGAAUGUCUUUGCAUCGCUUGUUAAUGCUACUUGGUCUAACCUUAUUCUCUAUGCCUCCUCGUUCACCAGACUUUGUGCUUAAAAUACAUACAUACCAUUUUAUGUUCUGUUCCUCCAUUCAUUUCAUCCUGAAUGCAGAAGUAAAUGAGAGUUUGGAACCCAGGGUAAAAUGGUAGCCUCAGUUAGUACAUCAUUCAAAUGCAGCUGAUUUAGUCUUUUAAAAAAUUACAUAUUUCAUUUCAUGCUAAUCUUUGGUUCGAAAUUCCUCCAGGAAAAUGAUUCCGUGUUCCGACUACUUUCCUAUGGGUAGGAACCCACUGGGGCCGGGCUUGGGUGGGGGGAGGUGUUUGGUGGGGGGUGCCCGUGAGUUGAUAGUUGAUUAAAAAACCUGAGGAUUUUUUACUUGUAGUUUUGUGAAUUGGGAGAAUGCAUAUAUAAUGUUGGUGAGGACAAGUACAGAUAUUUCAUAGAGAGUAGAACUAAAUGCUAGUUAUGACAUUUGUGGAUAGUUUGUUAUUUUUUUUAGUCAAAAUGAUCUUGAUGUGUGGAAAGGUGUUUGGAGAAUGUAAUCAGCCACUGAUUCCCCCCCAUCACCCUUGCCAAAUACGAUGCUGUAGUAAUUACAAUACUAUUGAGUGAUUAUUUGUAAAAUUAUUUAUGAAUAUGGGAAAUCCAUCCAUCUACAGCCUAAGUUACAUAUAAAUUUCAGGAAGUCUGACCACACUGAAGAGACGUUUUUUGGGGGGCAGUCUUCUUGGUAACUUUGAAAUUCUUUUUAUAAGUUGUUCUUUUUUCCUCAGACUCAAUGUUUUCUGGCUCCC